AAAUUCUCAUGCCCCCCGCCCUGGCCCUCUGGCCUGGCCUCCAUCCCCUAUGAGCCUCUGCGCUUCUUCUACUCGCCGCCGCCAGGGCCCGAGGGGGCUGCCUCGCCCCUGAGCCCUGGCCCCACGCCCUCCCGGCUGGUCUCCGCCUCCCACCCCGAGGAGUUGUGCGAACUGGAGAUCCGCAUUAAGGAGCUGGAGCUGCUCACCAUCACUGGGGACGGCUUCGACUCCCAGCGCUAUAAGUUCUUGAAGGCGCUGAAAGAUGAGAAGUUACAAGGACUGAAGACCAGGCAGCCUGGAAAGAAGUCGGCCUCUUUCUCCUGAGGAGCUGCCCCCCAGAGCCUGGGCAGCCACCUCCUUAGGUGUUAGUGCUUAGAUAAUGUGUCCUGUUCGUUGUCAUUUCAAAAAUUGUUAUUUUCUGUUCUGUAUUUACUGCUGUUCUUGUUGCUCCCAGCAUGUACUCCACAUACAGUGCCCCCAUGGUAAAUCUCA